CUGCUCUGAAAAGCCAUCUUUGCAUUGUUCCUCGUCUGAUUCGUUGCUCGCUGCAGCUGCCUCCGCCGUGCGUCUCCUUCGCUGUCGCAGACUCCGGCAGCUUUAUCACCAGAGUCCUUGAAAUCUCGCUUCCUUUUUAAUCCUCCGCAUCGGAUCAUCGGCGUGCCCCACCAUGUCAGACGCAGCAGUAGACACCAGCUCCGAAAUCACCACCAAGGACUUGAAGGAGAAGAAGGAAGUUGUGGAAGAGACGGAAAAUGGAAGAGAUGCCCCUGCUAAUGGGAAUGCGAAUGAGGAAAAUGGGGAGCAGGAGGCUGACAACAAGGUAGAUGAAGAAGAGGAAGAAGGUGGGGAGGAAGAGGAGGAGGAAGAAGAAGGUGAUGGUGAGGAGGAGGAUGGAGAUGAAGAUGAGGAAGCUGAGUCUGCUACAGGCAAGCGGGCAGCUGAAGAUGAUAAGGAUGAUGAUGUUGAUACCAAGAAGCAGAAGACCUAUGAGGAUGAUUAGACAGCAAAAAAGGAAAAGUUAAACUAAAAAACAAAAAGGCCACCGUGACCUAUUCACCCUCCACUUCCUGUCUCAGAAUCUAAACGUGGUCACCUUCGAGUAGAGAGGCCGGCCUGCCCACCCAACGUGGGCAGUGCCACCCGCAGAUGAACGACGCGCUCUCCACUACCCAACCCAAACCAUGAGAAUUUGCAACAGGGGAGGAAAAAAGAACCAAAACUUCCAAGGCCCUGCUUUUUUUCUUAAAAGUACUUUAAAAAGGAAAUUUGUUUGUAUUUUUUAUUUACAUUUUAUAUUUUUGUA